ACGAGCCUCGAGUAAGUCUAGUGAUGACAACAAACAACAAGAAUAGUAUAGUCGCUGAAGGAAAUGAGAUUGUCAUGGAUUGCAAGACCAAAGCCAACCCUUCAAUACUCGAUCACAACUGGUUUUAUGAGCAAAGAAUGAUUAAAACCGAUUCCCUUAAAGGCAUUUAUGUAAACAAUGCGAGUCUUGUUAUAAAAAAUGUGAUCCGCAGCCAACACGAGGGCAAGUAUUACUGUUUGGCCAGUAAUUCAGUCGGAAGGGGAAAGAGUAAUGAUCUUAUAUUAACCAUCGACUAUGCACCGGUUUGUAAAAGUGGUCAGAAAAUAGUGUACGGCAUAGGUUUGGGAGAGACGGCCAAAAUAUUAUGUGAUGUGGACGCACGACCCCAACAAAUCUUCUUCCAGUGGUCUUUCAACGACACCGUAAACCCGGACCUCAAAUACUUGAGCGAAGGC